UGGUCUUGUCCGUCUUGUCGCUCGUCGUUCCGUUGACUGUGAGGUUUCAAACGAAACGAACGUUCUUUUGAAGGCGUCCGAUCAUUACAUUAAAUCGACCCCUAUUUUUGAUCAUCGUAGAGUGCCAUAUUGAAAUCAGGUUGCAUUACCCCUUUCUCACAUCAACUUCCAUUCCGCUCAGCCUGAUUUACCCUUGAAUCGUCGAGCAAUUGCACUGACUUUGAUCAGCCCCUUUGACCCCCCCCCCCCCCGUUUUGUGCGUCAUCACCCGACGCCAUCUUUGUUAUUGCUAAGCAUUGUUAUUGUGAUUAUUCCAAUUCUGACUCAUCUUCUUGGAGGACGGAAUUGGUUCAGGUGAUGCAAUAAGGUGCAAACACCUCAUCCAGGAUUUAGGAGAGAACUUUUGAGAGCAGACGCAUUUGUCAAUCGUGAUCCAGAGAGAGACUUGAUAACUCUUCUAGAAUUCUUAUUCAUUCUUGGAUCUUUUCUACAGACACAAUUUUGUCAGAAAACCGCAGAUUCUGCUAUCAUGGUGACUGCCCAGUUAUCUCCCCGCCAAAAAACGAUGAGGACUCCCCAGAGCAACAACGCCAAAAGCCACCAAAACAACAACAACAACAACAACAGCAAACCGAGCCCAGCUCCAACCCACCCUAAGAAAUCCGGAAGUGCCACUCCAAAGAGUGGUGGGCCGGGCACCAGGAAAAAUGGUUCACCCCAGUCCUACAAGAAUACUCCUUCCGCUCAGAAAGGCAAUGGACAGUGGAGUAAGGCUCAGGGAGGGAUGAUGACGACCACGCCCUUGAAGUAUUCCAAUGGAGGCCACAACGGGUCCUCAAGCGCAUUUGUCGCUACUCCGUUGCUGUCUUCGAAGAAGAAAAGUACAAAUCAGAUGUCAUCCCCCGUGUCCAUGAUGAACUCAACGCCGAGGAGCCACUUUAAAAAGAGCGGCAGUCUGUCGCCCACUCCACGAUCCGUUCCCUCGACACCGCUGACCUCCCGAAACGCCUCCACGCCCUCGCCCCAAUGUUUUGCCGGCUCCAAGUGCUACGCUCCGCCCACUCCUGAUGCUUUGCCCAAGCCACCCCCUAGCUGGACUUCCAGCCCCGCCAAUCUGAAUUGUCUCAUGUCUCUAGUGAGCACCCCGAUGAAGUCGCCCAAGUACAGUGUUCCGCAGGCAGAUCCUUCGCUAGCUUCUCAGCACUUGAAGCUUCUUCUGAAGGUGCAAGCUUAAGAGGUCGUCUCUUGGCUGUGCUUAUACAAGAAAAUGUCUCUUCCAAUUGUUUUGGAAGUUGCCAGUGGUUAUCACAUACGAUGUAUUGGCUCCCAUUUCGAAUAAGCUGGAAAAAUCUCCCCCUUGAACUCCCAAUUCCAAAGCUCCCAACAGAGAAGAAACUUCCAUCGCCACCAUUGUCAAUAUAUCUUAAACUCGACGAUCAACAAACAGGAUCAGUGACGAAAUAUGAAGGCGAUUCCAACGACCUGACUCAGUGAUUCGAACAUUCUCCAUCAAGUUACAUUGCUUGCCUCAAACAUCUAUGCAAGCCAACGAAAUCUAUUUUGAGAGUCAAUGGGCAAUUGGGCAUAGCCCCUUCAUACAACAAUGUUACCUCAUUUCCCUACCUAUCCUCCUACAUCCCAAAAUCCCACUUACCCUCAUGCCCAUCAUCCCUCUCCCCUUCCUCCUUUCCUUUUCCCCCGGGUUCCUUCGGGAACCCACCAAAUGUUUCAAAUCGAGAGAUACACAAAAGCUGAAAAAAAUCCAUCCUGAUAGAACCUUUCGGUUUAACAGCGAUGGUACUUUGGCGUUAAAAACAAUUUAAUUAAAUGCGUACAUAAGUCGUGCCAGUGCAUGGAUAUGCUUAUAAAAGGUGAGCAGGUGAAACUUCAAAGAAUUUAACUCGUUCAUUCGUUUUUCAGAUGCUGCCACAAAUUAUCGACUGCUUGUGAAAACCCCUCUGAAGUCACGAUAACGAAGGAGUCUGCCUACCUAUGCAAAUACUUUGAUUGCAUUCAAGCGCACCAUUUAGUCAUGUAAUGGCUGUUGUUUAUGCACCUCAAGUUAAAAUUGAAUAUUUUAAAAUCAAAUACUUCAGGACCUUUUCCGAC